AAAAAAACUUGAAAUUUCUUUCUUUACUUCCAACGUUCAGUGAAUGGACGAACCGGAGGGAUCGCACCGCACGCGAUCGAAGGCGGCCCCCGACUGGACGGUGCCGGAAUCCCUAGUUCUGGUGAACGAGAUCAGCGCCGUCGAGGCCGAGUGGGGCGCCACUCUUCCUUCCUUCCAGAAAUGGCAGCAGAUCGUCGAGAAUUGCAACUCCCUAGACGUCAAUCGGAGCUUGAAUCAGUGCAAGCGUCACUGGGAGGCGCUGCUCAGCAGCUACCGUCGGGCUAGGGAUGAUGCGACGGGAGAUUUUUUGUUCCCAGUCGAGCUGUUCGAGAGCGUUGACAGGUGUGUCAGAGGUAGCGCGAAGAACGCCGGCGGUGGUGCAGAGGAGCGCGAGGAGAUGGCGACGGUGGCGAUGGAUGAGAAGCAAGUAGUUACGGAGACCGACCUCGAUUCUGAACUUGAAACGCAGCGACAUGCGCCUAAAUUAUUCCUCGGAACUGGAUCUAGAAAGCGGAAGACUAGGAUGAAGCGCCAAAAGCGCAGCCUUGAAGCCCGGAUUCCAUGGGGAUACUUCACGAGCACAAAAAUAAAGCAUGAAGAACCGAAGAAUGCAGGAAAUAGAGAUACGAUUGUUGGAACUAUGGCGGAGGGCACUUCAGAGACCGAAGAUCUAAGUAUGGCUAAAAUUCUACAGGAGAAUGCUCUGCAGAUUCAUGCAAUAUUGGAAGGAAAACUAAGUAAUGACGACGACGCAGACCACAAGAAGAAUGGUGAAGCUGUAGGGACUGAAUUUGCGAGACGGCAAGGGGAUCAGCUCAUCGACUGCCUCGGUAAAAUUUCGGAGACUCUUAACCAGCUUUGUGAUCUGGUGCAGGAAUGCAACUGAUUUGAGUAUUUUAGUGAGCAUGGUGGAGAGGAUCAUUUCAUUUCUUGAUGUUGUUACAUUUUUUUGGUUAGAUUUUGUGUAGAAUUUAUGCAAUAGAUUUUAAAUCUAAUACUAAGUGUUUAUAUCUAACACACACAGUGUAGAUUGCUUAUCCCAAAAAUGAUCCUACUGUCAACGAAAUGUGGCCUUUUAAAAUCUUAUU